AUGCAUUUCAAUAACAAGACAUGCCGGUUCUGUCUUUCAGAACAAAAAGGCGACUUCAAACAAAAAUUGGAUGAAAUUCCGACAGAAAACCCCUCAGAUACUACGGUAAAAGCGAUGAAAAACAUUUUCGGAUGGAAGGUUACAAAAUCCGAUCCUCUGACAAAAAUUUGCAUGGAAUGCAAAGCAAAGUUACUCGAUGUGUACAUUUACGUGAAAAAAAUGAAGCAAAACGACCAAAAAUGGCGAAGAGAAUGGAUUAAAUCGACAUCCAACGACGUAAUUGACUUAUUGAGUUCGGAUGACGAGACACCGCAAGUGAAAGAGGAACCUCCGAGUGACGUAGAAUCAAGUGAUGAAAGCGACACAGAUAAAAAAUCACCAAAAAUACCCUUGAAACGUGUCAAAGAGGAAGGCGAAACCUCAGAAUCGGACGACAAUGAGGACAAAUUUCGCGAAAAUGAGUUGGUUAUCGAGUGUGAUGCUAAUGCCACGUUGGUUACGAGCACAACGCAGUACGAAAAUGAAGAAAAUGUCACAGAAACGCCCCCAAAACGCUUGAAAACCUUGCGGGCAAGAGCUCCAACGACGUCAAUUCGUGAAUGGAGCACCAGCGAAGAGAGCUCAGACUCAGAAAUCGAGGAAAUUAUCGUGCCACGAACAGCAAUUGACUUAACUCAAGACCCAAUUCCGUCAACUUCGAAGGGAAUUUCUCGGAUUUCAUCAACAACGGCAACGACAAGUGCCUGCAGCGAAAUCGUAGCGAUGGGAUUCACGAGUCUCGCCGAGAAAAUGUUGGCAAUUAAGCAAAAUCCAUCGUUGACUGAUGAUGAAAUGUGCAAAAUUUUCUACGGAAUCGAGUGUCAUUUGUGUUCGGGGUUGGAAUUUGAGUCGCUUGCCGAUUUGGAGGUGCAUCUCACUGAACAGCAUGGAAUUGUUAAAAUUAGCGUGAAAUGCUGCGAUAUUGAGAUAAUUAAGCCAAUUAUGGUCGAUCACAUCAAAUUUCAUCUUGGGAUGAUGAAAAGUUCGCUCAAAGAUCACAUUCGGGAUCUGAAAAAGAAGAAAAUUUGCGAGGAAUGCGGGCAUUUGAGUUCAACGGAGUACCAACUAGCACAUCAUAUUUCACGAUUUCACACGGAAUUUCACAACGCCAUCAAUACUCGUUCGUUAAAUCGGGAUUUGUCGCAAGUUUAUGACAUUUCCAGUGGGCAAAUUGUCACUUCGCGCUACCAAUGUGACGAAUGCGAGGCAAAUUUUUAUUUCGAAUCGAUACUCAGACGUCAUAAAAUGCGAAAUCACAUGACUUUGGAGGAGCAAUUGCAAUUUAAAAAGUUCGGAUGUCACGAUUGCGGCGAAAAAUUCUUCGACAAACACGAUGUUCAGCGGCAUAUCGAAGUAAUUCACGCCAAAUUCCGACGAAUGGCUGAUGCGCGAGUGAAAUGUCUCGAAUGCGAUAAAAUUCUCUCGAGUAUUUAUCAUUUGCGACUUCAUAAAGUGCAACAUUGGACUGCGGAAGAGCGACAACGUAAUAAACCACCUUCAACUUUACUUUGCCAGAAAUGCUUCAAAGCUUUUAGCUGCAAAAAGGACAUGAAAAAACAUUUGCACACGCACAUGACGCGACAAGAACUGUACGAGAGCAAGAAAUUCGAAUGCACCGUUUGCAAGAAACGAUUUUGGACAGAGAAAAAUCUCACGGAUCACAUUAAAUUUUACCAUUUGAAGCAAUUUGAUCACGUGUGUGGCGUUUGUAAGAGAGCGUAUGUGUCUGAAACGAAUUUGAGAUAUCAUGUUUGUGGACAGAAACCGAGAAAGGAGAAGCAAAAGGAAGAGCACGAAUGUCAGUUUUGUGGAAAAAUUUCGAAUUCGUUGGAUAAUUUGAAGAGUCACUUGCAUCAAUAUCAUCUUCCGGGAUAUCGGUUCAAUUGUCAAAAGUGUGGAAAUGGAUAUAAUUAUUCAACAAGUUUUUAUACUCAUGUUAAAAAUUGCUCAGGAAGCAAAAAUUAAAUAAGAAAAAAAUAUUUUUUUUUUAAAUUUGAAUAAAUUUAUGAAAUUUAAGGAGAAUUAAUUAUUUUUUUUUA